UAUCCAACAAACUGGAUGUGCUCACUGUUUUCUUUAAACUUACCUGUUUUUUUUUUGCUCAUUUCCACAAAUGGAACAAACAGUACGCUUAUGAAUUACAGGGGUUAGAACUAGAUGACUGUUAUGGUCCCUUCCAACCCAAACCAUUCUAUGACCCUGUGACUGAAGUUGCAAGAACACUGGAACGGGCAUUAAAAAUCAGAUUCAUCAUGCCAAACAUAAAACAAACAGAACAAAACAGAAUGCAGUUUUGUAACAAUGCAUUCUUAAAGUCCUGGCCACUUCUAUCCUCAAAGAAUCAUAGGAAAUGACAUAAAGAGCUUGUGUUCUUUAUAUCCUACACACAUUAUACUCUUCUUUCAACUUCAUCUUCUGUAGCAAUUAAGGAACAUGCAUCACCCUGUACUUGUGCAUGUAUGCACCAGUGUGCUUUUAAACACAAGAAGCUCCAAUUCCUAACUAGCCUUUAGAAAUAAUAAACAUUCAGUGACACACUUCUUAAUCAGGUUGUCCCAGUACACCUCACAAUGCCAUAUCAGAAUUAUGAUGCAGCUGGUAAUAGCUAAGAUUGUACAGUAUACUGAGGUCAUACAUUUCUUUCUAAAAAAAAGUAUGAGUAAAUAUCAAAUAGCAACACUAACCUACAUUAUGUCAUCAGUUUUGAAGAGGAAAUGACCCAAGAGAUUAAUGAGGAAUUCUGCCUGGAAGUCAAAGGUAUGAUUAAGCCUUUUAUUAUUAAACAGAAACUAAAUAUGAUCUAACCUAUUUCCAACAGUGCAGCCUUUAAUAGAGAGAAGAGAAAGAAGCAGAGCAGUAGGAGUCCAUAUUUAUCUCUGGUACGUCAUCAGUGAAGCCAACAGAAUUCCUUCAAGUUCAGUUUGCCUGACUGCCACAUGGCAAGUCAGUCACUGUGUUGCAAGGUAUGAUGAAUGGAAAAAGCAAUGCCAUUUUCGUUUCCCAUUUAGGGAACAUUAUAGUAGGAAAUAAGAUACUAUAAGACUAUAACUCCGAAAUUGUUUAUUAUUAUGUAACAGUUGAUGUAUCAAUUCACCGAAUAAACAAAUAAUUUUAUAAAUCCAAAUAUGCCUGCUCUCCAGAAAGUCCUCUAGAAUGAAAAAGAAACAAUUUCUUUUUUCCUAUAUUGUAAAUACUAAGAAUAAUUUUGGUGUGAAUAACAUACAACUAAAUAUUAUUUUUUUAUAAUUUUUGUACACAACAUCCUUGAAAAAAACCCAGAAAUGAAAUAGGUUUCACUUCGUUUUUUUUCAAAGCCUGAAAUAAAAAUUAGGUCAUUCAUCCAUCUAAUCAAGUCAGACUUCUUAUAUUCACCUUCGGACUAGAAACAGCAAUUCACUAACUCUUAGCUGACAUCAAACACGACAGUGUUCCUAGACCCCCUACAGAUACAUUGUAAAUCACAGAAUCAUAAAAUACCCCAAGUCGGAAGGGAUACAUAAGGAUCACUGAGUUCAACUCCUGGCUCCACACGGGACCACCCAAAAAUCACACCAUAUGUCUAAGAGCAGUGUCCAGAUGCUUCUUGAGCUUCAGCAGCCCGUUCCGUGCCCGCCGCCCUCCGCUGCAGCCCCUGUCCCUGACCGCCACCCGCCCCUCCCCUGACGCAGCUCCAUGCCGUUCCCUCGGGCCCUGUCGCUGUCACACGGAGCAGAGCUCAGCGCUGCCCCUCCGAUCCUCAUGAGGAGCUGCAGCCGCCAUCGGGCCUCCCCUCAGCUCCUCUGCUCUGGGCCGAAAACAAGAGACCUCAGCGCCCCUCUCAUUUUCCCCUGUGGAAGCUUUUAUCAUCUUUGCAGCCCUUCUAGGCAGACAUAAGUAGAUAAGAAAAAAAAUAGAGCAUGUAGAUAUCUCGUAGAAAAAAAAAAAAAUAAACAACUUAUUUUUCUUGGAUAUAUGCGCAAUAACAUGAAAUUACCUAGUAUCAUUUUAGAAAAUGCAUCUAAAAAUGUCUCAUUCAUAAGCUGCUGAUACUGUAAGGGAACCUUGCACUUGUGAUGCUGAGCAGUCUCUCCUCUGGCCAAAGUUGUCAGCAACUGACAGCAUUUAACACGAGCCAUUUCAGACACCUUGUUCAAUAUCUUUAACCCAAGUUAUGCACUUCCAGAAGACCAAGUCACUCACCAACAAACUGGGAAUUGAACAGUCCCAGGGAAGAAAGCCCAAAGAAGCUGUGAAUUUCUCACUGUUCUUGCGCAGGCCUAUGUCACCCUGUCUACACCAUGCAUCAUUCAUCUGCUGUGAUGAAAUGUGAACCCGUUUUAAAAAAAGAACUCCGUCACGGUGAGGAUACUGUAUCUUUGUGACAAGUGUUUCACAUAUUUUCCAUGGACACAAACUGCUCCAGCUUCUAUUUAAACCUCUGCUGCUUCUUCGCUGGAUGUUACUUGCUUCAGAAAGUUCCUUCAGGAGGUACUUAGCAGAAAGCUAAACAGCAGAAUGGCAGCAGACAGCAACACGGGCCCUGAAGAGAAGCCGAGCAAGACUCCUGUGAAAAGAGCUGUCCACAAGAUCCGAACCGCCAGCCUUGUCUUCAGCUUAGCUCGAGGAUGGCAGCAGUGGGCAAGUGACCGCAACGUAAAGCAAGCCCAAGAACCCCCCGGGUGGGUCCCCACUGCAGUAGAUGCAUCAGCUCAGUCAGUGCAAGAAAGACACUCUGAAAAAUGGCCAGUUCCAUCUACCAAGAGGGACGAUGAAAAAUCCUCAGCAAAUGAACUGGCGGCAACAAAUGCUGAAAAAAGGUCAAGAGAAUCUGAUGAAGCUCUUAAAAAGUUCAACAUUAAAAGCAAAGAGGUGCUGAAAACUGUUGUAAGUAAAGCCUAUGAACGAGCAAGUGAUGUCAGCCUCCUCAGUGGCAGAUAUGAGAACAACCACAGCGGCUCAGAGACGACCAAGUUCAUAGAAGAAUCAAAUGGUAUCGACAAAAUUCUUAAUGGGAAAUUAUCUCCCACUAUAAGGAGAAAAUGUUCAAACAGAGUAUCAGACGCCAUUGAGGGCUUUAAAGAGAAGGACAAAUUAGGAACUAGGGAAGAACUGCUGUUGAAGUGCCACGAUGACAGCAUGGAUGCAGAAGACAGUGGCUAUGGGGAAGCAGAAGACAGACUUGAGCCAGAGGUGAUCCCUGUGAAGGUCAAACAACCAUCUCUCAUGAACAAGUGCAAUGAAGAAAGCAGCAUCAAAGCUCAUAGGAAGUACAGUCCCGUUAGCAGCCUGAAGAACAGAUGGCAGGAAUGGGCAGACCAGCACAUCAUAACGCAGAAGCUGAAUCCCUUCAGUGAAGAUUUUGACCACGAACUGGCCAUGUCCACACGCCUGCACAAAGGAGACGAAGGCUACGGCCGGCCCAAGGAAGGCACCAAAACCGCUGAAAGGGCCAAGAGAGCAGAGGCUCACAUUCACAGGGAGAUUAGAGACCUGUGUUUCAUCAUUAAAACCAUGGCUGAGCCACGGAGUGACGGCAAGAUCCAAGUCACUUUUGGAGAACUCUUUGAGAGAUAUGUUCGUAUUUCAGAUAAGGUUGUUGGGAUUCUCAUGAGAGCCAGGAAACAUGGGCUGGUGGACUUUGAGGGAGAAAUGUUAUGGCAAGGAAGGGAUGACAACGUCAUAAUUACUUUAUUAAAAUAAGCAUGCUCCAAGAGCAACACGCCUUGGAAAACCUCAUCUUUCCUCUGCUAUUAGCUUUCGCACACUUGGAAUAUAAGAUUUGCUCCAGUCCCUGGACAGAAAAUUCAUUGAGCAUUUUUCUAAAUACAAGCUUUAUAACUGUUGCAUAAUAAAUAUAAGCAUCCAAAUGAAAUUUUUUUUUUCCUAUACCAGGAAAGCUUGCCAGGACACUUCAGUUAAUUACUAUACACAAAGCAAAUAAGAAAAAAAGAAAAAACAUAAGCAGAUAAAUAUAGAAACUUGUAAGAACACAAAUGGCUAUAAAUGAAUUCCAUUUUUUUUUUUUUUAAAACUUAUUUUAACUUAUUCUUACAUUCAAGUUCCUCUCAACUAUUUAAACAGGGAAUAUAAACCACACCAGAUCAGAAGCAGAAUGACGAACUAAACUCAGACCAAAUUUUUGAUCUUAUGUGCAUAUUUUCCAACUAAUCUAUUUCAGUGCAUGUAAAAAAGGUUUAUUUGUACACAACCAAGGAUGACGAAUUUAUUUUACAAAUAAUAUAAGCAAAUACUACUGCAGUGACAGCUACCGCCAACUUUCUCUUAGAUAUCACAGAAACUAAGACAAAUCUUUUAUAAGCAAGACUUUUUUAUUUAAUAAUUUAUAUAAUUUAUUAAAUGUUUUUUAGUUAUAGCCUAUUUUGUGCCUUCUGGUCAUCAGCCAUGAAGGACAAAGUGUUUAGAAAGGAUGUAGAAAACAUGAGAAGGGAAUAACUAUGGAAAUAUCUUUCUUGUAAAUACGGGGGGAAAUAACACCUAAUGUAAAAGGAACAGUCAUGUAAUUGUAUUGAUGUUUACAGUGAACAAGUGAUUACACCUUCUACUGAAAUGUACUCCUAUGAGAAAAGAUACAGAAGCAGUGUUCUCCAGACCUGAAAACAACUGACUUCAAGGGAAGUGGUGUUGUGCAGUAUCCAGAAACACCAGCCUAAUUCUACAGUAUUUGUUGUUUUAAUUAUUCUGACAUUGCUGAAAUUGUGUAUUUGAGUAGGGGAUGCUGAAGAGAAAUGCAUCCCGAUGAACAAAUAGUCCAGUGUCUAAAAACUGUGUUUUGCCUUUUACCCAAAUCCGAGAACUCUAUAAGGCUUAUACAGCUUAUUGGAUUAGAUGGAUCACAAUGCCACCGGUGUAAUGUGGAAAAACCAAAAAGAGCAAACAAACAAACCCUAUGCUGUUAAGAACAUUUUCUAUGCAAAGCAUUUGUUACACAACAAGAGACCUGGAUAAGUAAUUUGCAUAAUGAGAAAAGUUUUCUCCCCCCCUCAGAAGACUCUGAACAUUCAAGCUGAAAGAGCAAAUAUUUUCUUACAGAAGGCUGAAUGAACAUCCUGACUGUCAUAAAACUAAUGCUGCUAACAUAUCAUGAGACUACAGGUAUUCCAGUUUGAACAUCCAAUGAACAUAUGAAUUAUAUAUUUUAACAGCAAGUGAUGCAAGAACCGGUUACUAAGUGUUUAAUGUAAGUUGGCAUAAAACAUUAUUUGAGGCACAGUAACUUGUUGAGAAUAUAAGGAAGAAAAAACAUUCUAGUAGAAUUCAAUAGCAUUUCUUUGGCAUUUAUAUUGAGAUCUCUCAGACUACUCAAAUAGAUCUGCACAACUGACUUCAAAAUGUAAUAAUUAGAUAUUGGCAUAUUUUUACCUUAUCCUUACAGUUGUUUUGAGAAAGUCUGCUUGUCAAAGAAAUAUAUGAAUUAUAAAUAAAAUAUUCAUUUCUUUGGCUCCUUCUCUCAAACACCAGAAAAGAAAUACACGUUCAUCUUCUCAGAAGUAGAACAGUAAUAGAUUAUUUUGAAGUAUGACUACCUUCUCCUGUUCACAGGCUGUUAAAGUAUUUUCCUAUGGAGCUUUCUCUGUCAGAAGCAUCAGAAGAUGAUUUCAAGGAACAUGAAAAUGAAACAGUUGGAAUAUUAGAUACCUGUACAAAGAAUACACCACCAAGGAAGAACAGGCUGCCCUGAGGCUGAGGGGUCUCCUCCUUGGAGACCUUCAGAAGUGAUGCACGCAUGGGUCUGGGCCCCCGUCAACCUCACCUGUGCUAUAAUUCUGUGAAAUGUUAAUUGAAUCACAUCAUAUUUCUGCUCACAAGAAAUCCCAUCCUAUUAUAAAGCAACACAACAGAUUAGGCUCAUCAUAGUUUUCUUGGCUGACAAAUGUAUUUUAAUCUCACCACCUCCCAUUGGGCUUUCGAAAAUGAAGACUGAGAGGAGACAACCUUGAAAGUCUCUCUCUUUUUCCCUAAUAUUUCAGAUGUGUUCUGUGCAAUCUUAUGCAUGCAGCAGAUGAGCAAGCAGCAGUUCAGGCAUGGAAAGAGGGGACCUGCCUCAACCAAUACUGCUUUAUGAAUCAAUAUUGCCUCCCAGGGCAUUACAGAAAUGUAGACUGAAACUGUUGACAAUAUUAUUUAGCUGAGUUAAUUGCAAAGUUAAGAACUCCAGGGGCCCCUUCUAACUCACACAAUUCUAUCUGAUACUUCUAGUAGCCAUUUAUCUUUUGAUAUUACUAGAAAGAAAGAGGGACAUUAAAAAGGCACAGAUUCUUGAGAAAACAAAACCAGCUGCACUUAUAUUUUUGCUCCCCCUCUUUAACACUCUUGCAAAUUUUGGCCAGAUAUUUUCUAAAUACUUAUUGCACAUCAAAAGAGUAAGAAAUGAUCGUUAGUGCUUAAGGGUGAGCAACUGAAUUCCAUAUAUUCUGUGAAGUUAUGAAAUUAACAACAAUAACCUGCAUUUGUGCUCCUAAGCAAGCUCCAAAUUCUGAAUAAACCCCAACUCAAGUUUAUUUUUACAUAGAUUUAGAUUUAUUUGCUAUACAUCACUGUGACCUUAGAGUAUUUAAAAUCCAUUACAGGAUUCUCUUUUUGCAAUAAUCAGUCUUAACUCCACAAAGACAAUAAUACUGCUGUGGAAGACCAAAGGGAGAAAAGCCAUUUUAGUUUAUUUACACUUUCUUAUUUUGUAAACAUUUAGUCUACACAUUGUACUAAGUUCUAAUAAGGAUAAAGAGCUAUACACAGAGACAGGAAACAAAGCCCUGUAUUUCUAUUCAUAUAGAGCAUUAGCAUAUUAUAAGAUGAACCAUCUGCCCUCUCAUUACCAUAGCAGUAAACUGUCUUCAAAUAAAUUUUUAAAACUUUCCAAUAUCUAAAUAUUUUGAAAUAUACAACUACAUCUACUUAAGCCAAUUCAUUUGGCCUUUAUUCCAUUUCUAGAAUAAUUUAAAGUGCUAUAAGCAACCCGUCAAUCAACACUUUUCUAUAAUAACAAAACUACUUUAAACAUUAAUUUACAAGAUAAUAUACAAUGUUUAUCUGAAAUAGCUGAAAUUUCAGCACAAAGUCAGUCACUGUCACACUUAACAGCAAUUUUUUUCUUUUUUUUUCUUUUUUGCAGAACAUAGAUUAAAAGCUUUGAAACAAACAAUUUUGUUGAGCUGUUAUUGCCACAAUGGCUUAUCAACUUUCCUACAAAAGUGGACAAGAGCUACUGGAACUGUGUACUAGUCUGUCAUUUUUUGAGGUCACAUGACAGUAAGUUUGCAUAUUCCACAAGUCUACUGAAUUACAAUAUUGUCUACCUAUAGUACAUUGUCUCAUUUUAAUCAGAGCUGGUGCUAACUGUAAAUUUACAACAUAGACCCACUCAAAAAAACAUCACAAUUAUUUUUUCUUUGGACAGGAAUAAGCUAUAUUCUUGGAGUUGAUGUGCUACACAGCUACAAGAGUAUAACAGUAUAUAUCUGACACUAUGUUGAAAGAUGCAUUUGUUUCAUAGUCUUUGUACUUUUAAUGCCCUGCUAUAGCUACAAAUUGUCUUGAGUUUCACCUGCCUUAGCCUUUUAGUUUCCUGGAACUAUUA